AUGUCGAUCGACCUGGAAUGGCAGAAGCUCGACCCCUCGCUCGCGUCGUCGCUGGUGGACGUGUUGAACAAGCAACUCGCGAGCACGCCCAGGCCGUCAUUCAUCGGGCCCAUUGAAGUGACCUCCUUCGAAUUUGGGAGCACCAUCCCCGACGUUGAGCUCGUGGAUCUGCGCGACAUCUACCGCGACUUCCUGGAGGAUGAUGAAGACGCCGACGCCGACGAGGACCCGGUGAAGGUCUCGCAGUGGGCAGAGGAGGACGGGGGCUUCGAGUGGGUGCCCCGGCGGGCGACGCGCGAGAACGGGCUCGCCGACGACGGGCCUGCGUACCACCUUCUUCCCCCGCACAUGCGCUAUGGCCGUGCGAUGGCGGCAACAGACAUGUUUGCGUCGACACCGUCGCUGCGCUCACCCAGAGAUAUAUGGAACCCUGCGUUCACCAGCCUUGCCGACCUGCGUUCGACGUACCCGGCGCCGUCGCUCUAUGCCUCAGCCAUGUCGUCCGCCCCUUCCAUUUCGCGCUCUAACCCCAAUUUUAAGCCAGCGCAGGCCAAUUCUCAACAGCAUAGCUCGCAAGAUGCCAAUGAGAAGCUCCCCGAAUCGCCCCGCCCAGCUUCAGCGCCCGAGCCGCCGACGCAGCCGACGCAGCCGAACCUACAGAUGCACUUGCACAUCACCUGGAAUUCCAACCUCCGGCUUACUCUGACCACAUCGCUGCUCAUAAACUACCCCUCGCCCAUGUUCAUGUCCCUUCCUAUCAAGCUUUCUGUCACUGGCUUGCUUUUCACCGGCGAGGUCGUCGUAGCAUAUGAAGGCGCGCGCCGUCGUGUUCAUCUCUGCAUCCUGGACGAGCUGGACCCGUACAGCCCGCUUGCAGUAGGUCGCGUCAAGCGCGACACGCCCCCGGCGGCAGGAACACCCACCGAUGCCGACGACGAUACCCCAGGUUCUGCUAUGCCCGCAAGGACAGGCAAGCCAUUACCAAUCGGACAGCGUCUCUUACCUUCAAUAUAUAUCGAGAGCGAAAUUGGGCAGGCUGAUAAGCACGUACUAAAGAACGUUACUCGUGUGGAACGUUUCAUCCAGGAUGUCAUCCGCAAGACUGUAGAAGAGGAACUUGUCUUCCCAAAUUUCCACACUCUAGUCUUCGGCGAUGAGGAUUCAUGA